GAAAAUUAAUUGAUCAGCUGUCAUUGUCUGUAAUGCUAUAUUAAGAUCAAGUAUGUGGAAGACACAAUCUAAGGAUAUUCGAAAAUCAGAUCGUAAACAUAUUCCAACCAUUUUUGAUACUAAUGAUGAAGAUAUAUCUGACAAAGAUUUGGAGGCUGAAUUGGAAGCUCUGAUUAAUCCAACUAUCAAUAUGAACAGGAAACAAAAUAUAAGUAUUGUUGAUUCAAAACACAUUAUCAAUGAAAUUAUGAAUUUUAAUUAUGAACAGUAUCAAGUUGAAGAGUCAAAAUUAUCAGAUAAUAGUGACAUUGAAAAAGAUUUAGAAUUACUGAAUGAAUUAGAUGAAAUUAUGGGUUCAAAAAUUACCAAAGAUCAUAUAGUAGCUGAUGGUGUACAAAUCAAUGAGCCUUGUUCAUCUCCAUUAAAACGCCUUCAUCAAUCUGAAUUAAUGAAAAUACAUGAUGAGUUGUUUGAUAGUGACAAAGAUUUAAAUUCCAAAGCAGAUAAUAACAUAAAUAUAACUGAAAUUAUGCAAAUAGUUGAAGAUAGAAUUAAAAAUUAUUAUGAAGUUUUGCAAACAGCAAAUUACAACAAGGAUUUGUCAAAAUCUCGUAGAAUUAAAAGGGGGUUAUGCACAUUAGACAAGAUGAAAAAUGAUAUUUUAAGAGUUCAAGCAUCCCCUACAAUUAGUUUGAGUUUUACCAUUAGUACCAUACCACCAUUAAUUUCUAAGUGUAAAAGUGCCAAAAUUAUUGAAUCUGAAAAUGAUUUUAAUUUUAAAGAUCAAUAUUCUGUAAUCAAAGAAGAGACCAUUCAAAAUGCCAAUAUUCCAAAUUUUAUCAAUACACAUCAGAAUCAAACAAAACAAAAUUAUGAAAAAAAUGAUUUAAUCCAUAAUUUACCUCUUUUUCAGUUAGAAAAUAACAAUCUUUUGAAAGAUUCAAAUGAUAAUGAAAAUAUUGGAAAUAGAUGUUUAAAACCCAUGGAUGGUAAUACUUGUAAACAAAAUGAAAGCUCUUCUCUUUCAAACCUACCUUCAAAUAAAGCUAAUGAAAAAAGUCUUGAAAUAGAAAAAUUCAUAAGUUUAUUAACAUAUCGUCAAUCAGAAUUCAAGGAACAAGCCAUAAUUGCCAAAGGAAAUCAAGAUUUAAUAACAGCAAAAAUAUUUUUGGAAAUUUAUAAAAAUUACCAAAUUUUGAUUGCCAAGUUUUUACAAUUAAUCCCACCGAACGUAGAAACUAAAAAUAUCACUGAUUUAAUCAAAGAAUCAAAAAAAAUUCCGACGCUAACAGAAUACAUUUCAUCUCCACAAUCUUAUAAAUCUCUUGGUGAUUCUAAAAACGCUUCACCCGAUGCCAAUAAUCUAAAUAAUAGCACAACAUACCACCCGACAAUAGAUUAUAACGAACAUCAGAUUUCCGAAAUUAAAAUGUUAAACGAAACAUCGCAAAAAAUGGUGGCCCCAUUGAUGGACAAGAAACUCAUGACCGAAAUUCCCGAUAAGACGAACAAAUUGAAAUCCGAAUUGAAAGAGAGGUUGAAAAUUUACGAAGACUCCUUAAAUUCUUGCAAACAAACUGACGAUAAUCCUGGGAAACUUAGAAGGAUGACGAGAAUAAUAAAGCAAUACUCAGAUGCGAUUAAUGCUGUACAAAAUAAAAAUUGGAAUUAUGCAUUUCAAGAACUUCCUAAUCCACCAAAUUUUGCUGAGAUCUCUUUCACUGAAUAUAUAAAUGGCGAUAAAAUAGAUCAAAAAGAUAGCGUGUCAAAUCAAAAUAAACAAUCGAAUAACCAAAUUAUCUUGUCAACUUAUUCCGCCACAUCUCCUUCGCUACAGCCACAAAAUUACCCUCUUCACAUAACGCAAAAAUUACAAUCAUUAUCCACUCGUCAGGCAUCAUUUAAGCAAGCUGCCAUAAUAUCCAAAAAACAGGGAAAUAUAACUCAAGCCAAAGAAUAUCUGAGACUAAUGAAGGGAUUUGACCCUUUGAUUCAAGCUUGCAAAUCGGGCCUACCCAUCGAUUUGUCUGGAUUACCUAAAACCCCUCAAAUUUUGAGCACAGGCAAAUUAUCCAUCCCUUCCUCCCCUCUCACUUUGCAAUCUUCAAACACUUUUGCGAAUAUUAAUACCGACGGUAGAUCCAUAAAGAUUGACGAAAAUAAAAAGGAUUUGAGAUCCUUAGAAAAAAUUUUGAAAGAACAAAUCGCAUUGUGUGAACGAAAUAGCAAAUACUAUAUGCAUUGUGGAGACGUUUCAUCAGCCAAGAAUUUUGAUGCAAUGGCUCGGACGAGUAAAAAAGAUUUUGAGAAAUUGUCCAAGUUAAAAGAUAUUGGAAAUGAAGGAGUCAAAUACCGGUUUGAUGAGAAAAUAUUACCUUUAGUCAAAAGUAAUACAGAAUUAGGGGAUAAUGAUUUGGAGCUUACAAUAAUUAAAGGAUUCCAUUAUGAUGCUACCGCAAAUAAAGAAAUCGACACAUACGUGAAAUACGAAUUUCCAUUUCCUAAUACUAGUCCUCAAAGAGAUAAAACUGAUGUGAUUUAUGGCACGAAUAAUCCCGAAUAUAAUCAAACCUUCAAAUUAAAUAUCGAUAGAAAAUCUAGAGCUUUAGCAAGGGCUUUCAAAAGACAAAGUUUAAAAUUAGAAGUAUAUAUCAAGGGUGGAUUAAUGCGAUUCAUUAAUGGAGAUAGAUUAUUGGGCAUAGUUAACGUGAAGUUGUUUCCUUUUGAAAACGAAACUUGUACGAUUCACGAAUGUGCUAGCUUGAUGAACAAUAGAAAAGAAGCGGGUGGCAAACUUGAAAUUAUGCUUAAAAUUAGAGAUCCCCUUCACAGAAAGGAUAUCGAAGAAACCAAGCAUGAUUGGCUCUACAUAUUAUAAAUAUUUAAAAACUUUUUAUAGAUUAUAUACAUAAUGAAGAAGCGAUGUAUUAUAUAAAUAUUAAUCACGGGAAAGAUUCCGGAUAUAUAAUGAUUUAUUAUAUCGAGUCAUUUUUAUUCGACCAAUCUUUAAAUAAUAUACUUGCAAUAGUUUGAUUAUACUAUC